AUGAACCGGGGUCCUUACACAAAGGGCCCCGGGAUAUUCGUCGAAAACUUCCACUACCGCCGGAAUCUCACCAAGCUCAGCCGUUUCUCCCACAUGCUCAGCGAACAGGCCAUCUUCCCCAACUUGGUCUUUGCCGGGGAUCAGUUUCGGAUCACCAAGGCGGAUGCGGCUGACUUUUGAAAGAGUAACUUUGGUAACACCACAUUGGUUCCCUGGAAGACAUCCCGACAGGAGCUGAACAAAGUACAAUACCGGUUGGAGGCCAUGGCCCUGAAGACCACCAUCAACAUCGAGCUCGACGUAUUCACACGCCUCUUUCAGCCCUGGGUAACGCUGCUUCGCAACUGGCAAGUCCUGGCCGUCACACAUUCGAGCUACGUGGCCUUCCUCACCUACGACGAGGUGAAGGCUCGCCUCCAGCGCUACAUCCUCAAGGCAAGCAGCUAUGUCUUCCGGCUUUCCUGCACGCUGGGCCAGUGGGCCAUUGGCUAUGUGAUAGCCGAGGGAGAGAUCCCGCAGAACAAGUCGCUGUGCCAGACGUUGCUCGAUGGCCAUCGUGAGGGCUUGUACUUGUAUCCGGUGACCAAGCCCACCGACGACCACAUAACCGUAACCCAAGAGCAAUACGAACUAUACUGUGAAAUUGAGAGCACCUUCCAGCUGUGCAAGGUCUGUGCGGAGAACGACAAAGACAUCCGGAUUGAGCCCUGUGGGCUCACCUCCUGGCAAGUGGACUUCGAGGGACAAGGCUGUCCCUUCUGUCGGGCCGAGAUUAAGGGCACCAAACAGAUCGGUGUGGACGCCUUCGAUCCGCGCAAGCAACAUAACCGGAACGUCACCAAUGGGCGACAGCAGCAGCAGGAAGAAAACUACACUGAGGUAUAGUUUUGUUCACAGCCUGAUCAGCCUGAUCCGCCUGCUCCACUGCCGCC